GCAGCAGAGUAAGAGCACUGUCAUGUCAGACAAGAAGAGCACAAGACCGGAAGAGAAACCACAGCGCGAAUCAUUGUACGUGGGCAGGGGGUCAAGGCAAAUCGGUAAGAGAGAAGAUCCAACGGAGCCACCAACACCGCUCCCACCCCCGACACCCGAAGAGAAAUUCCUGAAGAGAAAAGCACCGCGAGAGCCAAAGCCUGCCCCCAAGAACGAUGAUGAGCAACCAGCGUCAACGCUGACACGGCCACGAGUUGGCUCCAGCCGAGUGGGCAGCUCCGUGCUGAUAGGGGCCCCCGAUGAACUGCUCGAGGCAUACGAGCAGGCGGUGCUGGAGGCCGAGGCCGAGGCCGAAGCCGAGGAGGAGAGCCAGCAGAGAGAGAACGAGCGUCGUGAAUCGCAGCGACGCGGCCGCGUCCGGAAGCUCAGUCCACUCUCGACGCUCGAAGCCGUGCGUGACGGCCUCUUAUUCAUAUUCGGCAAAUUCCUAAGACUCGUACGGCGCCUCGACAUGCAUGGAGGCGGAACCGGGAACAACAUCAACUUUGUGGAGGGGCUCAUCGACUUCCUGGCGGGCUCUUUGGGCGGGGCCGCACAGGUGUACGUCUCGCAGCCGCUGGACACUGUCAAGGUGAAGCUGCAGACCUUCCCGGAGGCCUACAAAGGAAUGUUCGACUGUUUCGUGAGCACGUAUCGAAAGGAUGGUAUAUUCCGGGGCCUCUAUGCGGGCUCCCUGCCCGCCGUGGUGGCCAAUGUGGCCGAGAAUUCGGUGCUCUUUGCCGCCUACGGAGGAUGCCAGAAGUUUGUCGCAUUCAUGGUCAACAAGGAGACAACCAGCCAGCUGACGACCACCCAAAAUGCCUGUGCCGGCUCCCUGGCCGCCUGCUUCUCCACGCUCACCCUCUGCCCCACGGAGCUGAUCAAAUGCAAGCUCCAGGCCCUGCGCGAAAUGAAGCACUUCAUUGAGCCCAGUCAUCCUCAGGAUAUGCGUACGCCCUGGUCCCUCACGCGGUACAUCUGGCGCACGGAAGCAUUAUCGCAUCGCAAUGUGAUGUCCGAUAUGGACAACAAACCCGACACGACACUCCCCUCCACAUGGCUCGACGUGAUCGCUAUGGCGUUGCCAGACAAAUCUCUUUGGCGGUUUGUUUUUCAAAAUUGUUCUUCACAUUCGAAAUAUUUGAAAUUCUUGUCAAAAUAAUGCUAGCAAUUCCAUUUGGGGCACAAGAGCACACUGUAUCCAAAAAGUUAUAUUUCCGCCUUUAAGAGAGUUUUUUCAAAUCAAUUUUCGUUCAGUACAAAGACAAUUUCCAAAUGGAGACAAAAUGUUCCCAAAUAGAUUCUCAAAUGACAUACACAUCUCAUAAAAUGAUUAAAAAACGGAUAGAAUGGUAGUGAAAGCUGUUUAUAAACUCCCUAACCUUCCAACCGACCUGUGUUCGGAAUUAAAUCUAGAAAACUGGAAGCGAAAGCCCUUCUCUGUACAAUUUUUAGAAUCUUAUUAGAGUAUAUUAAUGGUAGAUUAAAGCUUCCGUAUCGCUUCAAUCUAAUCGAAGCUGAAUGGGUUGCUUGUUGUUUUCUGAAUAAUUUUUCUUAAACAAAAAGAAAAGGCGAAAGAACGCAAAAUAUUUACUACGCAGCUUUUGUAUACAGCGAAUUAUGAAUUACUUGAUAUUUGAUAAGAAUAUUCUCAGCCUCGUUGGCGGGUUCGGGGCAACAGGGGGAACAUGCCACGCAUAAUGACCUAGCACAAGAGCGAGCGAGAGGAAGAUAGGGGAAGUUUGUGGAUAAUACAAAUAGUUGAGAGCGCCCCGCCCCGCCCCAAUCAGUUGUCAAGUGGAAAGUUACUGAAUCAUCUGCUCUCCCUUCCUGCUGGCAGCUGACAGAUCAAUAGAGGGAUUUUGGGGCGGGGGGACGCAUGCAACGAUUCGGUUUGACUGUUGAUUGAUGCUCCGUCCUUAUCGCGGCCAUGUAACGUAGUAAUUUCCAUAAAUAGUGAACGAACGGAAUGGCCUUCUCACGUGCCAAUCUGUUUCCUUUUCCUCUCUGCUGCCAGUCUCCCAUUGCAUCAGUUAUUUUCCACGCACAGUCCAUUAAUUGGUUUUAAUCUCCUCCACGCGCGC